CAGCGUUACUUUUAACUUGUAUUUAAAAGCGUUGGUCGAUGAAACAACAUGAAGAAAACAUGCCCGUUUUCAAUCGUUUUAAUAGUGGCCAUAUUAUGGGGCGAGGCAAUUUCCAGGGAAAUAUCAUGCGGAGACAAACUGUUCGUGUGUUACGACGAAAACAGAUUUUUAACUUGUGUCCAUAAUGAGCGAGGGCCUAAUUUCGCUAUCGGAUACACGAAGUUAUGUCCGAGCGGUUUGAUUUGCAGCGACUUUAAUGGAUACGAGUGCGAAGAAAGAGUUACGGACGAAUAUUUAACUGACGAAAAGUAUCUGACAUACUUCGAUGUGGAAUACAGAAAGAAAAUUAUCGACGAUUGAAUGCUGUAUAUUGGCGGUUAUUUUGUGCAUGUCUUUCAUAAUGAAUAUCCUUUUUAAACAAUAGUACGUAUUAUGUAUUAGGAUUAAUAAAAAUGUUUGGAAA